AUGAAGCUAUCUAAAACUAUUAAGCGCCGCCUGGUGGGAUCUCUUGUGCACGCCCACAGCCAUGCUGUCCAGGGGGUCCUCUGCAGUCUUUGGACGCGCCAGAAGACAGCCCGGGCGUUGGCGAACUGCAGACAGAAGGUGCAAGGGCCUCAUCAAGGUCAACGGCCCGGCCCCUGGAGAGCCCGGCCCACGCUGCAAUACAGGCUACUGGAACCUGUUCUGAUUCUGAGUAAGGAGCGAUUUGCUGGCGUGGACGUCAGAGUGCGUGUGAAGGGUAGUGGUCAAGUGGCGCAGACUUAUGCAAUCCGUCAGUCCUUCUCCAAAGCCCUGGUGGCCUAUUACCAUAACUGUGAGAGUGGGUCCUUCCCACCACAGGUGGAUGCGGCUUCCAAGAAGGAGAUCAAAUACAUCCUCAUCCAGUUUGGCCAGCCCCUGCUGAUAGCUGAUCCCGGUCGCUGUGAAUCCAUAAAGUCUGGAGGUCCUGAUAUCCGUGCUCUCUACCGGAAAUCCUACCAAUAA